UUAACACAGAGACACUCGAAAGAAACAUGUCUCCACUCAUCUACUCCUGACAUGUCAUUCUGACAGGACGCGCACGCGCGGUGCGGGAUGUAAACCACACCGGCAUCAUGACGUUAGAGGAUUAAAUGCUGUUUUAGCAGGUGGAAGCGCGCACGCGCACCUUAUAUUUCUCCCACCCGAUUCGUGUCAAAUCCCGCCUCCUGCACUAGGAAUGGCUAGCUGCCCACGCUCGCAGUGAACGACAACCAAUCAGCGGACCGGAACUCCUAUUCAAUCGUGAAGCUGUAGGCGGAAAUAUUUGGAAAGCGGCUGUCACGUGAUGUUUGCGGUGACGUAACCCAGGAAGUGCAGGCUCUCUUGGCAGAAUCCCAAACGGAUUCCUAAUCACUAUUUUGGUGCACUAGUAAUGUUGUGAACUAAUGGUUCAGGCAAAUUCUAUAGUGCACUAUAUCCCGAGUAUCUUUUUUGGCAUUUAGACAACUUCUUGUGCCAGGGUGGAGGAAGUGCCAUAUGCCGGCUAUUUCAUUUCGAAAGCUUUGUUUAUGUGAGAUUGGGUGUAAAUGAUUUAUGAACAAGCAUCACAGACACUGACUGAAAGUGUCACAGUAAGAGAAGCUGGAGAGAAGCUGCUGCCAAGACAGUAGGCUCAUGCUAACAUGCCGUCACCUGUUAAAGUUAUUGUGGUUGGAGCUGGGAGCCGCGGCGAGACAUACUCCGACUUUGCCUCCAUCCAUCCUGAUCGCCUGCAAAUAGUUGGAAUUGCUGACCCAAGACUUUUUGCGCGAAAGAAGCUCCAGGAUCGUCACAACGUGCCCGAAGAAAAUGUGUUUGAUGACUGGCACUGUGUAGCAGAAAGGGAGAAGUUUGCGGAUGCAGUAUUUAUCUGCACUCCCGAUCGCCUUCAUAAGGAACCUGCCGUAGUUUUAGCGAAGAAGGGUUAUCAUAUACUCUUGGAGAAGCCAAUGGCAGUGACUUUAGAGGACUGCACAGAGAUUGCUGAGACUUGCAUUCAAAGUGGUGUAAUGCUAACAGUGUGCCAUGUUCUCCAGUACGACCCAUUCAUCAGAAAAAUAAAAGUGCUCAUUGACAGUGGAGCCAUUGGGGAUGUCAUUCAUAUUCAACACUUUGAACCAGUGGGCUUUUAUCACUUUGCUCACUCCUUUGUGAGAGGAAAUUGGAGAAAUGAGGCAGAAAGCUCUUUUGCUCUUUUAGCCAAAUCCUGCCAUGACCUGGACUUGAUUCAUCACUGGGCUGGAGGACGCAGGUGUAUAAAAGUUUCAUCAUUUGGCUCCCUCAGCCAUUUCCGAAAAGAAAACAAGCCACCAGGAGCAGCAAAUCGUUGCUUAGAUUGUUCUGUGGAGACAGACUGUGCAUAUUCUGCAAAGAAAAUCUACCUGGACAGAGUUAGAAAGGGAUGGGUGAGAUGGCCAGUGUCAGUUGUGUGCAGCAAUUCAAUUCCUGAUAUUGAGUCAGUAACCGAGGCCUUAAAAACAGGUCCAUAUGGUCGCUGUGUCUAUGAAUGUGACAACGAUGUGUGCUCAAAUCAGGUUGUUAACAUGGAAUUUGAAGGAGGCCUCACUGCUUCUUUUAGCAUGGUGGCCUUUACGGAAGAGAUAUGUCUGCGCAAAACAAGCAUCUAUGGCAGUAAGGGGGAGCUGACGUACGAUGGCCAUGAGAUCAAAGUAUUCGACUUUCUCACUCAGAAAUCCACAAAGCACACGGUGGAUGUGAGUGUACCGGGGAACUUCAGCAAAGGUGGUCAUGGUGUUGCAGAUUACCAUCUUGUUGACGCCUUCAUUUCAGCUGUGGCGAACGGAAACCCACUGCUGGUCCAUUCCGGUCCAAAGGAAACACUGGCGAGCCACAGGCUGGUGUUUGAGGCUGAACGUUCUCGUCUAGAGAACAGAGUUGUGAUGUGUGUGACUGAUCAUGACUAGAUGAUGAAGACCAAAACGCCAUUUCUUUUUUUUAAUGAAUGCAUGAAUACAGGACAAAAUUCAAUUCAAUUCAAUUCAAUUCAAUUUUAUUUGUAUAGCGCUUUUAACAAUGAACAUUGUCUCAAAGCAGCUUUACAGAACAUAAGAAACAAAAAAACAUGCAAACAGAAACAAAAACAUGCAAACCGUCCUAGAUGUUAGACAGAAUUAUCCCUAGUGAGCAAGCCUGAGGCGACUGAGGCGACUGUGGCAAGGAAAAACUCCCUUAGAUGAUAUGAGGAAGAAACCUUGAGAGGAUCCAGAAAAGGGAACCCAUCCUCAUUUGGGUGACACUGGAGAGUCACCCAUAAAUGUACAUUAAUUGAAGUUCCUCAGCAGAAAAGCGUUCGAGCAGCUCUCUGGGUGUGAGGGAUGGCAUACUGUCUCCCCUGUCAAUCCAAGUGAAACUAGCCAAUCAUUGUCUGUGUCUGUGAACUCAUGUGUGCAUAAGAGGGCAGAUAGCACUUUCCUCUGAGUGUGUUAUGCUGUGCUGUGACACAGCAUGAGAGGCAAUUCGAAAAGAUGCAGUGAUUGGCUUCACAUGUCUCAGAGGAAGCACGUGUUAUUCUUCACUCUCCCUUGUCUAUUUUAUGAUAGGUAAAAGAUCACUGGUGGGUGGGAAUUGCCAAAACCAAAUUAGGGAGAAAAUAGGGAAAACAAAAUUAGUAAUGUCUAUUUGCCAGCAUCAGGUUAAAAUUGUUCUGAUUUGUUUUUAUUCUGAUUUUCUGUGUUGUGGCACAGAUGUCAUUUUACUGUAACUUUUAUCUAUUAGUAGAACAAAUAAUAAACAUUUAUAAAACA